AUGAGGUACUCAUACACCCUUCUCACACUCAUUUCUGCCACCUUUGUGGUCGCAGCUCCAGCCCCUUUUGUCGGUACUGGACCUGUCGUCACGGCUGGCACUGAAGAUGUAGUGAUUCCUACUACCAACUUUGGUCGCCGCGUGGCCACCGUUCAGGAUUUCACAAAGAGGGCCAUGAAGCUCCGUGGUGCGCUUUUGGCUGCACGCGGUGGACAGGGCAAAGAGAAUGCUAAUGCUGCAGCUGCGGAAGAAGCUGCGGCCAUGGGCGAGGGGCAGGCCCAAGAAGGUGAAGCAGCUGCGGAGCAAGAGCAAAGCAAACAGGCCAAGGCCGGGCAAGUUGCACAAGACGCCAGUGCGAUGAACCAAGCUGCAGAAGAGGAAGCAGCUCAACAGGAGGCCGCCCAGGGUGGAAAAGGUGCUGCCGAAGAGGAAGCCGCUCAGCAGGACGGAAUGGAGGCUGCGCAAGAGGGAGCCGCCCAGCAUGAAGCCGCUCAACAGGACGCUGAUCAGGGUGGAAAAGAGGCUGCUCAGCAGGAGGCCGCUCAAGAGGAAGCUGCUCAAGGCAAAAAGGAAGCUGACCAGCAGGAAUCCGCUGGACACGCUGGACAAGACGCUGCCCAAGAGGGAGCCGGUCAACAGGAAGCUAACCAACAGGGCGGAAUGGAGGCUGCCCAAGAGGGAGCUGCACAAGAAGGCGCCGCUCAACAUGAAGCCGAAGAGGGUGCUGCUGAGCAGGGUGGAAAAGAAGCUGCGCAAGAGGGAGCUGCACAAGAUGAGGCCGCCCAACAUGAAGCCGCCCAACAGGAAGCCAACCAGCAAGACGGAAAGGAGGCUGCACAAGAGGGAGCUGCACAAGAAGGCGCCGCCCAACACGAAGCCAACCAGCAAGACGGAAAGGAGGCUGCACAAGAGGGAGCCGCACAGGAUGAGGCCGCCCAACACCAAGCCAACCAGCAAGACGGAAAGGAGGCUGCACAAGAGGGAGCUGCACAAGAAGGCGCUGCUCAACAUGAAGCCGCUCAGGUUGAGCAAGACGCUGCUCAAGAGAAAGCUGGAGGAGAAGCUGGCCAAGCCGAAAACGCUGCUGGCAUGGUCGACAACGGCGCCGCUGUCAACGGUACCGAAGGAGCCGCCGGGUGCAAUGCCACCCAACCCAUGGGCGAAGGCGAGGGUGAAGGCAACGGCAACGACAACGGCAAUGGAACGGCAGGCGAUCAAGGAGAAGGCCAAGGCCAAGGCAGAAACAACGGCGAAAAUGCUGACGCCGGUGCUGGCGAAAGCCCUGCUGAUGUUACGCUCCCCGACCUCCAGCUUCUACAAGGAGAAGGCGAGGGGGCCGGACAACAAAGACAACAGCAGGGUGGCAGCCUGUCCGACCUGGUCAACGAUCUCCUCGACGGUGCUCGCGGCGCCGCGGGUGGUGCGGGAGGAGCUGGUCUCAAUUUGGGCAACCUUGGUGCCGGACGUGAACAGAAGAGGACUGCGACUGCUUUCCGCGCUUAG